CGGGAUAUAGGAAUUCACUCCCUAUCCUCUUCAAGCCAAAAGAAAAUGUUUCCGACCUCGGCUUCAGUCCCCCAAUUCAAAUCCCUAUCCCUCACCACCCAAUUCAUCCAUGGUUCGACCCCCUGCUCCCACCUCCUCAAAUCCUCUGCCGUCACACCACCGCAGCAGCCGCCAUUCCUCCCGGUGAUCAAAGCGAUGAGGACCCUUCAAGGCAAGGUAGUUUGCGCCACCAACGACAAGACCGUAGCCGUGGAGGUUGUGCGCCUUGCUCCACACCCAAAGUACAAGCGCCGGGUUAGAAUCAAGAAGAAGUACCAAGUCCAUGACCCACUGAACCAAUUCCAAGUUGGGGAUAUUGUUCAGCUGGAAAAAAGCAAGCCCAUUAGCAAGAACAAGAGUUUUUUGGCGAUUCCAGUUCCCAGUCGAAACUCGCGGAAGGUGAAGGAGAAUUCGCCGGAGCAGGAGCUUGGGCUUCCACUGGAAUCUGAGCAGCCGGUGAGUUGAUGAAAGAAAGAGAGACGAUUGGAUUCAAUUGGAAUUACUUCUGUGAUGAUUUUAUUAUGUUGCUGUAUUUGAAUAAUUUAGAACAUUUUCUGGUAAAUUGAGUUGCAUUUCAAGCAGGUGGUUCUGUGUAAUAAUCUUUUUAUAUAUUUCGUUGAUAGCUUGUUUGAUAAGAUAACUAUGCACUCGAGUUCAUUUGUUAUGUAGUA